AUGGCGUCAGCUGAUGCUAUUGAACGGCAAACAGUGUGCCGACGUGGGUUUAUCGGAUCAUUGUAUGAUAUUCGAACAGAUAAACUGGAAGGUACAAACUUGUUCAAAAAAAAAUUACCGGA